CUGCCGGGCUCGGGACGGCUCAGGUGUGAAGUCUGGGCUGCUGAGAGACGAAGAGACUGUGGUCCAUCAAGUGGCGGCACGGGCUAAUUACCACUCAGCUCCUAUUGUUGUGUUAUAACCGCUUUAUUCUCCAUAUUCGCUAGGCUUUGUUUACUGAAGGUGAAUGAGGUGAAAUUAGCUUGUUAAUGGGCAAAAGUUUAAAUUCUGGCCAGAAUGUUUAUCUUUGUCAUUUUUAUUUUAAAGAUGGAAAGGACCAAUAGAAAGGAGAAUGUCGUUUUGAACAUAUUCGAAUACGUUUAUGUCUAUUUGUUUAACCUGGCAAACAUUUAAUUCCCUGUCAGUGCGCUUGUUUUUCUGCAAGACUUGGCGCAGGUAACAAAAUCGUCAUGCAAAACAGUCAUCAAAUCAAUCUUAUCCGACUACUGCAUUAGGGGACCUGAUCAAGGAAGAGUGAGGGGACAUGGUGUGACAGCAUGAUAACCCCAUAUAGAUGAAUAAUGGUAAAGAUAUUGGUGAAAAUCACAAGUCUGCGUGGCUGAAUUUCAGGACUCCGAGUUUACAUCUUUAGGUGCGUAAUUGCGCGGAGAUUGCAUCUUGGGCUUUCGUCUCUGCAGCUGGUCCACGAGGAAUAUAUAGGUUACUGUGUGAGGUUCUGUAUUUUUCAAGUACAUACACGCACAAUUGUGAUAGUGUGACCCUGUACAAUAAAAGGCUCUGUCAAUUUAUUACGAAGCCAACAAAGAGGAAAAGUAAGCGUUUCCAUGCGUAAUUGCGGGUAAAUCACACACCUUUAAUCCACUGCGAUUCAAGAAGGUCACUAAUACCUUACUUGUAGUUGUUUGUGAAUAAUAUUUUUGCAUCUUAUAUGUUAUAAAUAGUUUGAGAUGUGAGUGGGGGUGGGCAAAACUAAAUUACAAGUUGAGCUUUUAUUGAGAGAAGUGAUCAGUUUAAAGGUGCAAUCCGUAGUUUUGGGGAAAGACAUUUUAUUCAGAAGACAAAGAUCUUCAUUGACCGACUUUUUUAAAAUGUCAAAACAAACUAAAUAAUAACAAAAACCCUCUUUGUUUCAUGCCUGAAUACACUUAAUAAUUAAACUUAAACCUUAAAAGACCACUCAAUUUCAUCCUGUGUUACUUUGUUUAUAUUUGGCGGACCCUGCCACCUUUCUAUCGGCUGGGGACCGUAUUUUCCUCUGAGAAUAGCUUGUUUAAUGAUGUGUGGAUAAAAUAAAUAUUUCGGAGUUUGUGUUAUUACCUCAUUAAUAUUGUAAAUAUUAAAAGUCUGACUUUUAAUUCCUCCUCCAAAACUACACAAUGCCCCUCUAACCAUAACUUUGAUUACUGAAAUCCAAUUACAUUUUAAAUUCAUUCAUUCAGUCAUUGGCCCAAUGAUCAGAAUUUACAAAAAGAAAAACAAAACACCACUCGUUAUUUUUCAACUGCCCUGCACGAGGAGCAGCCUACUCACUACAAUGAGUGUGACAUUGUAACACCACCGCGCCGUAGGACCUCCCCUUGAACCGCUGUAAUUUGAGGCUCAACUACCACCAUGAUGGUGGUGGUAGGGAAAAAAAAAAAUCAAAGUUAAAAACUGCAGUUCUGACAUUCCACGGCCCCUUCCGACGCACAGACCGUGCACCUCGCCUCAGACUUCCAGCUCGUCUCGGCGCUUCUGUCCAGCGACGGGACUCGGUGCGGAAACCCAAAACACCAAACGCGUCGAGCGGGUUUGGCUCUCAGCGAGCCUCCCCUGAAGUUGGAGAUGCAUACAUGAGGUCCCUCGGCCUGGGUGGUCUCUCUCUACUUUAGUGAGCUGUUGCUAAGCAGCUAAUAAUAGUCGUGUUUGCUGAGUAAUUUUUGCCCUUCUGGAACCAAUCAGAUGCAAGAAAGUCCUGCAAUCUGACAGCCCCAGAGGCGGGAUCUCGAGUCCUUUUUUUUUUUUUUCGAUUUUCACCCCUCCUCCUUCUCUGCCUCCAAAUGGAGAGAGGUCUUUUUCUCCUCUUCUAUUGAAUCUCAGAGUUGGCCGUGACGCGCGGCCCAGGGGAAGACCACAUAGAUCUCACCAGAAUGCUACGACCCAUCGAGGUUUCCUACCCGACGACUUGUGUAUGGGAAUCGCUUUGCGCACGUCGCUUUUUGAGAGAAACACACUUUUUUUAAGAGGCACGGUGAAUGCGGUGAGAGCGGUGGAGACCUCCGGAUCGCGAAAUGUUGGGAUGGAAGGCGCAGACUUUGACUCGCCGUCUCCAACAGGAGUAUGAAGUCCUACUUCGCGGGUGUGAGAUCUCCGAGAGUGAAACUUUGUUGCCUUGGGAUAUCGCUACACGCUUUCGGGGAGAUACUAUAAAGUGGGAAACGGUAACCAUCUCGCAGUCCCCGCAACAUGGCCUCGGCUGCUAAUGCGCCCUCCGAGCAGGAAAACAGAGACCCCGAUCGGCCGAGGAUAACGCGGAGGAACAGGGGGGACUAUACCCGCAGCACACCGCUGGAUUUGGAGUAUUUGCAGCGGCCGAGCUACUGCGAUGCGGGCUUCGCUCUGGAGCAAAUAACCGAGGGGAAGGCGACUGGGAGGAAAGCACCUCUAUGGCUGAGAGCGAAGUUCCAGAGACUUUUAUUUAGGCUGGGCUGUUACAUACAAAAGAACUGCGGAAAGUUUUUGGUUGUGGGCCUCAUGAUUUUCGGAGCUUUCGCUGUGGGCUUACGGGCAGCUAAUUUGGAGACGGACGUGGAGAAACUGUGGGUGGAAGUUGGUGGGCGUGUGAACCAGGAGCUGAGGUACACGCGACAGAAGAUAGGCGAGGAGGCCAUGUUUAACCCUCAGCUGAUGAUCCAGACGCCGCGGGAGGAGGGAGCCAAUGUUCUAACGGUGGAGGCUCUCCUGCAGCACCUGGAGUCAGCUCUCCGAGCCAGCAGAGUUCAUGUUUACCUAUAUAACAGACAAUGGAAAUUAGAAGACUUAUGCUACAAAUCAGGAGAACUAGUCACAGAAACUCAUGUUAUGAAUCAGAUCAUAGAAGAGCUACAUCCCUGCCUCAUCAUCACCCCUUUGGACUGUUUCUGGGAGGGAGCCAAGCUCCAGUCUGGAAUGGUCUAUCUCCCAGGUAAAGCCCCUCUCCAGUGGACCAACUUUGACCCGAAGGAGUUCCUCGAGGACUUGCGAAAGGCAAACUUCCCCGUGGAAAGCUUCGAGGACAUGUUGGAGAAGGCAGACGUCGGACACGGGUACAUGGACAGACCGUGUCUGAACCCCGCUGACCCCGACUGCCCCCUCACCGCGCCCAAUAAGAACUCAACUAAGCCAUUUGACGUGGCGCGGGCCCUGAGUGGCGGCUGCCAUGGUCUGUCCAGGAAGUACAUGCACUGGCAGGAGGAACUGAUCGUAGGAGGGACCACCAAGAACGGCAGCGGACCCCUGCUCAGUGCCCAGGCCUUACAGACCAUGUUCCAGCUGAUGACUCCCAAGCAGAUGUUCGAGCACUUUCGGGCCUACCACGAGGUUUCUCAGAUCAACUGGAAUGAAGAGAAGGCUGCAGCUAUACUGGAAGCCUGGCAGAGGAGAUACGCUGAGGCGGUGCUGCAGAGUGUUGCAGCAAAUUCAUCUCAGAAGGUCUUGUCUUUCACUACCACCACUCUGGAAGACAUCCUCAAGUCUUUCUCUGACAUCAGCGUCAUCCGUGUGGCCAGUGGAUACCUGCUGAUGCUGGCCUAUGCGUGUCUGACCAUGCUGCGGUGGGACUGUGCCAAGUCUCAGGGGGCUGUGGGGCUGGCAGGUGUCCUGCUGGUGACAUUGUCUGUGGCAGCUGGCCUGGGCCUCUGCUCCCUCCUGGGCAUCUCCUUCAAUGCUGCAACCACACAGGUGCUACCCUUCUUGGCUCUGGGCGUCGGAGUGGACGAUGUUUUCCUCCUCGCUCAUGCCUUCAGCGAGACCGGUCAGAACAAGAGGAUCCCAUUCGAGGAUCGUACGGGCGAGUGUCUGAAGAGGACCGGGGCCAGCGUGGCUCUCACCUCCAUCAGCAACGUCACAGCAUUCUUCAUGGCCGCCCUCAUCCCCAUCCCAGCGCUCAGAGCCUUUUCCCUACAGGCCGCAGUCGUGGUAGUGUUCAACUUCGCCAUGGUGCUGCUCAUCUUCCCCGCCAUCCUCAGCAUGGACCUCUACCGACGAGAAGACAGACGUUUCGACAUUUUCUGCUGCUUCUACAGCCCGUGUGCCAAUCGCGUGAUCCAAAUCGAGCCUCAUGCGUACCUCGAUGGGGCGGACGGGAGUCGCUACAGCCCUCCCCCGUCCUACCACACCCCUCCGCCCUCAUAUCGCACGCCUCCCCCGAGCUACAGCAGCCCCCCUCCCUCCUACAGCAGCCACGGCUUUGCCCAGCAGACCCAGAUCACCAUGCAGUCCACAGUGCAGCUGAGGACAGAGUACGACCCCCGCACUCAGGCCUUCUACACCACCGCCGAGCCCAGAUCCCAGAUCUCUGUGCAGCCCAUCAACCCAGCACCGACGAGGGGCAACCCCAACAGCGACUAUUACAGCAGCAACGCCGGCGGCAGCAGAAGCGGCAGCAGCAAUCACGGCAAUCUCAACAACAACAACAGCGGGAGCAGAGGUAAUGGGGGAUCUCGAGGCUCUGCCACCUUCUCCCAUCACCAUCCUGCACCUCCUUCUGCACCUGCCCCAACCUCAAGCGCCAGCUCAGUUCCUCAGGGAGACGCGGCCUCAACGACCGGCCAGAGCCCAGAGAACAACAGCUCCACCCGGGACCUGCUGUCCCAGUACGGAGAAGGCUCGCUGGGCCUGCGCUGCCUCGAGCCUCCCUGCUCCCGCUGGACCCUGGCCUCGUUUGCUGAGAGGCACUACGCUCCAUUCCUCCUGAAGCCCACCACCAAGAUGGUUGUGAUCGGGCUGUUCCUCUGCCUGCUGGGUGUCAGCUUAUACGGGACCACCCAGGUGAGGGACGGCCUGGAGCUGACGGACAUCGUGCCCAGGGAGACCAGCGAGUACGACUUCAUCGGCGCCCAGUUCAAGUUCUUCUCCUUCUACAACAUGUAUGUGGUGACGCAGCGGGCCGACUACGCCCAGAACCAGCCUCUGCUGCACCAGCUCCACCAGAGGUUUCACACCAUCCGCUACGUGCUGAAGGAGGACAACGGACAGCUGCCCCACAUGUGGCUGCACUACUUGAGGGACUGGCUGCAAGGUCUCCAGCAGGCGUUCGACAAGGACUGGGAGGCCGGCCGCAUCACCCUCAACAGCUACAGGAACGGCUCUGACGAUGGCGUCCUGGCGUACAAGCUUCUGGUGCAGACGGGACGCAGGGACAAGCCCAUCAACUUUAACCAGCUGACUCGUCAGAGGCUGGUGGAUGCAGACGGCAUCAUAAACCCCGGGGCUUUCUACAUCUACCUAACCGCCUGGGUCAGCAAUGAUCCUGUGGCGUACGCCGCCUCGCAGGCCAACAUUCGCCCACACCCUCCCGAGUGGCUCCACGACCGUACCGACUCCAUGCCCGAGACACGCCUCAGCAUCCCGGCUGCUGAGCCCAUCGAAUACGCACAGUUCCCCUUCUACCUCAACGGGCUCCGGGAGACGCCACAGUUUGUGGAGGCCAUCGAGAGCGUGCGGGCCAUCUGCAGCAACUACAGCCGACAAGGCCUGCCCUCCUACCCCAACGGCUACCCUUUCCUGUUCUGGGAACAGUAUGUUAGUCUGCGCCACUGGCUCCUGCUGUCCAUCAGUGUCGUGCUCGCCUGCACCUUCCUGGUCUGUGCCCUCUUCCUGCUCAACCCGUGGACAGCCGGCAUCAUAGUGUUGGUGCUUUCUCUCAUGACUGUGGAGCUGUUUGGCUUCAUGGGGCUGAUGGGAAUCAAGCUGAGCGCCGUUCCUGUGGUCAUCCUCAUCGCUUCUGUCGGCAUUGGAGUGGAGUUCACCGUCCAUGUGGCCCUGGCAUUCCUGACAGCCAUAGGGGAUCGUCACAAGCGGGCAGUGCUGGCACUGGAGCACAUGUUUGCUCCAGUGCUCGAUGGAGCCUUCUCCACCUUAUUAGGUGUCCUGAUGCUCGCUGGCUCAGAGUUUGACUUCAUCGUCAGGUAUUUCUUUGCAGUGUUGGCCAUCCUAACAGUUCUUGGAGUGCUCAAUGGAUUGGUCCUUCUCCCAGUAUUACUGUCAUACUUUGGGCCCUACCCAGAGGUGACUCCAGUCGAUGGCCGUAGCCGGCUGCCCACCCCGUCCCCGGAGGCCCCUCCUCACGUGGUCCACUUCUCGGUCCGUCCUCACCACACCACCACGGCCACCACCACCUCUGGUGCAGCUUCGGACUCAUCGGACUCGGAGUACAGCUCUAACACCACAGUAUCUGGUAUCAGUCAGGAGCUGCAGAACUAUAACCUGCCCUCACACAGAGGACAAACUCGAGCGGAGGCGCAGCAGUACCACCUCCAGACCAGCAGGGGCAGAGCAGCCAGGACAGAGGAGGAAAGGAGAGCAGGAUCCGGGCAUAGACGCUCAGCUAGACAGCCUGAUCCUCCAGCCUAUACCAUGUCCUCGUCUGUCCCCUCUCAGGGUUGUGAUUCUGGGCCCCAGCCCAGGGCUACUCAGCGCAACAGCAGGGACCCCAAGACCCAGCUGCACUGGCAGGUCCCACCCCCAGCCCGCCCGCGCAUGGACGCUUUUGAAACUGCUACUGAGGCUGGGGGCCAUUAUGGCUCACACUGCCAUAGAGAACACUCAGCAGGCCACAGGGCCCGCUCUUCCCACAACCCACAGCCUAAUCACCACCUCCCGCACCACCAACCCAACCCCACCCCGUAUUGCCAACCCAUCACCACGGUAACGGCGUCAGCCUCCGUCACUGUCGCUGUCCACCCAGCCCCCUUGUCCAACCAGAGCCCCCCAGCUUCCUCUUACCCAGGAUACACUGCAACAGACAGUUACUGCCAAUCAGGGCCAGAGGAGCCAGAGCCUGUCUUCCAGGACCCACAUGUGCCACUGGACACCCACACGGGGGCCAGAGGAGACAAGGUGGAGGCCAUGGAGCUUCAAGAUUUGGAGUUUGAGGCAGCUGAGAGCAACAGUGGCAGACGGGCAAGCUGAGUUGUGGAGAACGGAAGUACAACGGCCAAAGAUGGACUCCUCUGUAUUACCAAGCAGCUGACCUGGCCCAGCGCAGCUCAGCCCAGCAUAGCCCAGCCCGGCUCGCCCCCGGCCCCAAGCAGCGAGAAACUCGCCAGUGUUGCCGUCAUGGUGCUCAUUCUUACUGUAACCCAGUGGACUAUUGUCUUAGAUUUAUCUAUAUUUAAAAGAUGUAUACAUAUGUAAAUAUGAACAAAAAGUAGCUAUAAUUUUAGGAGCUGUACAACUCCUCAUGUUAACAGACUGGGGCUGCCAUUUUAUAUGGUGUGUGUGCGUGUGUGUGUGCGUGUUUGAGAAAGAGAGAUAGAUCUCUGAUUACUGUUCACUCAUCUGUGGAUCUGUGCCAUUAGGAAGCUUCAUCUAGACGAACAUACCUGUCAGCAUUCACUGUUGCUGCUCAAAAGAUUUUUUAAAAUAAUAUACAUUUAUAACUCUAUGCAAAUGUCUCUUUAAACAAAAGAAGUGAUCUGUCUACAUAUAUGUUUGUUUGUGUGUGUGUGUACGUGCGUGUGUGUGUGUGUGUGUGUGUGUGUAGGGCUGUAUGAUGUGAAACAGCCCCAUUAUCUUCUGGCUCCUACAUCAGAUUCAUCCUCAGAACAGACUAACAUUUACACUCAUUUUAAAACAUGAGGGAAAUUGUUAGAAUUAUCAAACAGGGCAAUGGUAUAUAUGUGUGUGCGCGCGUUCGUGUGUGUGUUUAUUAUUGUAUAAAGGUACGCAUGUUAAACUAUUAAUUUUUUAUCACAAACCUGUGGUAGUUAUGAAACAAUUACUGUUUAACUUGACACGCUAUGCGUGCUAUUUAAGACGAGCAGAUAUGAAGAAAUUUUAAAAGCUGUUUUUUUUUUGUUUUUGUUUGUUUUGUUGUCUUGUAGUUCUCGCCUCUGCAUUGGAACCUGUUUCUGCUCUCAGCUUUGUAUCACUGUCUGUCAGGCUGCUCUCUGGUCGUAUUUUACUGUAAGAGGUUAUGUAUUGUUUAACCCUAGCAGGCUCAAAACAGUUUUCUGUCUUGUAUUCUGACGUACAAGCAGUGAACCCACCUCAGAAACUCACUUCGCCAUUACAGGGACAUUCACAUUACUGAUUCUGGAACAGGGUCAAACACGGGGCACUAACUCUUGUACCCUAAGUGGCUGGUGUCUAGUGGAUAAGCUAAAGCUCAGACUGUAUACUGUACAACCUGAUUCAACAUGGCACUUGACUGCAUUUACACUUCAUUCACAGGAAUAUCUCUCCUCAAGUAGCUUUUCUUUUAAAUUUCUGUCCAACCAAUAAGCUAGCCCACGCAGCCUGCUAAGGGCUAAGCCCUAUAUGGCCUGACAAUGUGCUCUGUGUGUGUCUCUAUGUAUUUGUGUGUUUAAACAUUUAUGUGUGUGUGUGUGUGUGGUAGUCCAUCCUCUUAAAGACAACUGGCCCCAAUUUGGCCUCAGCUGUCCCCACUGACCUCAGCUAAUAAAAAUCAAAACAUAACUGCAUGACAGUAAUUGGACGCCCCCCCUUCAACUGCCAAAUGGCACAGCUCAGAGCCUCAGGGGUCAAAGUUCACGCUGCCAGUCCCUCUCUUUACCAGCAAUGGCCAGUUCAUAUCUGCAUGUCUGUCUAUGUCUGCAGGCAAACCUGUAACCCCCCCCCCCUUCUCCUUCUCAGUUCCAGACCCAGGCCCCUUUGACCCCAUCCACACCUCCGCUUUUACACUCUCACUUCCUGUCGAACAGUGUAGCUCUUCCCAGAAGCCUUUGCAGCCUUCCUCCUUCUGUCCACCAUGUUACGUUAGCUGCUUGCAUGAAAUAGGUUGUUCUGUUGUUUUGUUGUUUUUGUUUUGUUUUUUUCGUUCUUGUGUUUUUUCUCCCAAUGUCACAUUGGCAGUAGUGGAGAGAAUCAUAGCUGGCAACUGUUUUUAUUCAUUUUUUUAAAUGUUUUUUUUUUCUUUGUUCUGUUUUGUUUUGUUUUCAACGUUCAAUUGCGAUAUUUAUAUUUUUGUAAUAUAAAAAUAUGUUAUUUUCCUUCAUCAUUGUCGUGAUGCCAGUGGAUAACAAAUGCAGGGAUUUUUAUGUCUAUUGAAAAAAAAAACACUAUUACAGUUUUAAUGUUUUUACAUUAAUGGAGUUUGAUCUGUAUAAAGUGCUUACUAAUGUUAAAUAGGAAAAAAAAGAGUAUAUAACAUUUUACACUACAGGUCUCAUCAUAGCUCUUAGAGGAUUUUAAAAGGAAAAAAAAAAUCAGUGGUUCUUCCAGACUGUCAUUUUGGUCUCAGUUGGCGUGGAUGUAUGCUGUUUUCAGUUACAAAGAUAAAUGUAUGCCAUAUAAUUUAUUUAUAUGAAAAUUUAUUUUUGUAGUGUACAUAGUAGUUGUCAAGGUAUUUGACAGAAGUAUAUUUUUAAAGAGUUUAUAUGUAAUGAUAUACCAUAACAGAAAAACCUUAAGGUGCACACUUUCACUGCUAACUGUCUUGUGAGACAACAUCGACACCUCCCCUUCAGUAUUAUGUUCCGAUCCUUGGAGAGAGAGACAGCUGUUUCUAUGGGUUUGUCAAAGGCUAGCCAUGAAAGUAGAAAAUUGUACUAGCUCUCUAAAUAUUAAUGUUCAAACACUGAUAGAAUUCUAACAAAUAAAAAUAUUAUAACUUAUUUGUCUCUUUGUUCAUAACUUUAAUAAAUGGAAACUUAAAAAAGAUGA